UGAUUUUGCUACAGACUCUCUGGAGAGCCUGGGAGCUGAAUUCCCGAAGAGCCCACAUCUAUGAAAGCAAAGCCAAGUCGCCAAGCCAUCACCAUGUCCACCUCGCUGAGGGUCAGCCCGUCCAUCCACGGCUACCACUUCGACACAGCCUCGCGUAAGAAAGCUGUGGGCAACAUCUUUGAAAAUAUCGACCAGGAAUCACUACAGAGGCUCUUCAGAAACUCUGGGGACAAGAAAGCAGAGGAGAGAGCUAAGAUCAUUUUUGCCAUAGAUCAAGAUCUGGAGGAGAAAACACGAGCGCUGAUGGCCCUGAAGAAGAGGACGAAGGACAAGCUUCUCCAGUUUCUGAAGCUGCGGAAAUAUUCCAUCAAAGUCCACUGAGGACAAAAGAAUGGAUAAGGACGUUAUCCAAGGAUGGACACUUAAAGACCACGUGAGUUUGUGAGACCCUAACAUGCAGCACUGUGGUGCUCCUUGCAGGCUUCUCCCGGGUCAGGACUCCAGAGGCUGGAAAGGAACAGAGCAAACUGGUGACAAAGAGUCUGACCAAUUUCAUGCCUGUGCUGUGACAGUGGAGAACAAAAUGCUUUCAGCAAGGAUUUGAAAAUCCUCCCGGCGGGAAAGGACUGAUGUUGCUAUCAGGAGAAGAGUCUGGACAGAUGUAAUGAGAACUGAAACUGAAGAAAACAGAUGACUAAGGAAGAAUUGCAGCCAGGGUCUCUGUGUCAGGCCCUGGGACUUAAGUUCAACCUGAACUUUUUUUUUUUUUUUUUACCUUAACCAAACUGGGAAGAGGGGGGAGGAGGACAAAGGAGGGAGGGGAGGCUGGGGAGGGAGAACACCAUGCUCUAUUGUUUACUGAAUUUUUUAUUUGAACUUUCAAGAUGUUUCCAAGGUUCAAUGCUGUCUAUUUGUAUAGAUUUUUAGAGAUCAGUAAUUGAUUUUUUAUUUGCAUUUAUACAGUGCCUGAAAUGUAUACCACAUGGGUGUAAGUACAAAGUCUAGGAGCUGCCCUACCUUAAGCAGCCCAGUAAAAUCUACGCCACCUUCUGGUUUGUACAGGGUUUUUAUGCAUUUCAAUCUGGUUGCACAAAAGUUAGAAUAAUGGGUCCUUCAGAAAACCAACGUACUGUGAAAGAAUUUAUAUAUUUUUAAUCUUCUAACUAAUGCCAAAGUAUAAUCUAAUUAAAUUUCUUACAGCUACUGCAGUGAGCAUUAGAAAGUGAAUAUGAUAUACUAAAUAGUUUAUAAAGAUGCUAUGGUUUCUAUAAUUUAUUAUACGUGACAAAUGAUAUGCAACCAUAAUAAAUUAUUAUAAACUUGAUUGCCCUUUGUCUGUGAUGAUUAGAACCAAAGAAAAAAAUAAGAUGGUAAAUUAUUACUAUAAACUUCUAUAAACUAUUAAGAACUUUCCUGAGGAUUUUACUUUAAGGGUAAAAGGUGGUUUUAGACUAGCUUUACAUUAAUUGCAAACUUUUUCAAACCAAAUUCUUACAUCAAAUAUUUAGGAUGUUUCUUACCAACUUUAAAAUAUAAGAUAUAGACAUAAAAAUUUAUUGACUGAUUUAUCAACAUUGUUUUUGUGUAUCCAUUGAGGGUGAGUUUUAAGGGACUUUUCUCUCCAUAUAUUUGAGAUUUUUCCUCUGUGGCUACAGUAACUCUAUACAUUUGUGCAUUUACUUCUCCCCAAACAAUAUAUUUUGGGGUUAGAGUCUGAAUUAUUAUCAACACUCUACGGAUUAGCAAUGUUU